GUUAUCAGCUGUAAUAAGAACAUAUGUACCCUUCAAAUAACGGACACUACAGGAAGUCACCAAUUCCCGGCUAUGCAGAGGUUGAACAUCUCCAAAGGUCAUGCGUUUGUUCUUGUUUACUCAGUAACAAGCAAACAGAGCCUGGAGGAGCUUAAGCCCAUUUUUGAUGUAAUCAAGGAAGUUAAAGAGAACACUGAGGGAAUUCCUAUGAUACUGGUAGGAAACAAAUGUGACGAGACUGAGAACAGAGAAGUGGACAUCCUGUAUGGAUCAGACCAGGCCCGUCGCUGGAGCUGUGGGUUUAUGGAAACGUCAGCCAAGACUAACAUGAAUGUUCAAGAACUCUUUCAAGAACUCCUUAGCAUGGAAAAAAGCAGACCCAUGAAUUUUCAACUGGACUCCAAAAAAUAUAAGACAAAGUUUAAAAAAGAUAAACUUAAAGGAAAAUGUGUCGUAAUGUAAUCGAGCUCUCCACUAAAGCAUAAAAAUAGGUUGGCGUCACGGUCAGAAUAUAGAUCAUUAAUUUUUUUUAGCUUUAUCGACCUUUCUCGCACGGCUUAUGUGUAAUUGUAUUAUCUAUGGCACAUUCUUGAACAAAAAAAAAGAAUAAUUUCUUACUGUGUAGACCCACCUUUGGCUAUUUUAAUAUCCGGCUGUCAUUUAUUAAAAACUGAUUAUCUACAGAUUUGCUGUACGGCAAUUUAUACAGUUGUGCUGUAUACAAAGGAUUAAUCACAAUACGCACACUGAAACAAUUAUGUAAAGGCUGUAUACAAAGGAUUAAUCACAAUACGC